GUCACCUUUCCCAACAAACGAGCUGGGAGGAAAAUAAUGUCCGAAACUAGCGUGCGUCUUCUGCGGCGUAAGUCUGCGCACGGACGGUUGCAGAGUUCUACGUCGUUAGUGCCGAGCUCCGCCGGCAGGGAAGGAGGGGUAGCGGAAACGGCGUUGGAAGAUCUCGUGGUGAAGAAGGGUCGUUCGCGGCGCGUCAAGUCGGCCCGCGACACAAAGUUGGAGCAAGAGAGAUCAGACGUUUUCCCGCCGGCGGAGCCCGGCGCGGGGAAGGGAGCGUGGGGCCGGACACAGUACGAUGACGACUUCGGGAAGAAGCACCCCUUCACGCCUGUUCCCGUCCGUCCCGUCUCUCCAACCAGGAGAAACAACCCUCACCCCGCUAAGCCUUUCCUGCAAUGGAAACAUCCAGUCCGCAUUCACCCACACAAGAAGUCAGUCUCCCCACCAGAAGAGGCUUGGAAGUCCAUCAGUGAGAGCUUCUAUGACGACUACAUUGAUACCAGCAACACUGGUGAUGCCAAGAAUGAAGUUCCAGUCACCAAUUUAGCAACAAUCGAGUUUCCUGGAAAAAAGAAAACCGGAACCUUGUCCAGCCACCUUGUAUCAGGGACCAGAGCACAGCUGAAUCCAAGAAACUCUCGAGUCCACAACGGAUCUGGAGACAUACCUCCUGCUGUCAUUAGACCUCCAUCUCCCAAGUCUCGCAUGAUGCACAACACUGUCAGAGGAAGCACUCUCCCUGUCCUCCGAGAGUGGCUCAAAACUGCCUCAAACAAAGAGCGAGAACUGGUAAUGCAGAUGCUAACUGCAGCUCACAGUGACUCUGAGGAUACAAGACUUCAAAAGGCGGUGGAAGAUGUUCUGAGACCUGACUCUGCAGCUCACGUCCAGCAGUGGCUCCAGACAGCCUCCACCUCAGAGAGACAAACUCUCCUGGGGGUCCUGGAGACUCUGGCAGUGGCUGCCUCAGCCGGCCAACCACCCCACCACCAGCCUGCUCUUGUGGCAUUUCCUCCUGCCUCCUGGCUACAACAACAGCCAGUCCCAACCCACAGCAACCGCAACAGGUCUUACAGCUAUCCCAUCAGCCUUCGUCCGAAGGCAUCACACCAUCACAAGAACCACACCCACACCUCCUCACAAUACUCCCACCACUCCCACCACCAUCAUCACCACAAGCACCACUGUCACAAGUCUCACAAGAGCUCGGCCCAGCCAGGGAAAGAUGAUGGUGGAGGAGACAUGACACUGGUGGGGAAGGGAUUGGGAGCCAAGAAGGGGAGCGGGACCCCAGAGCUGUGGCACCACAAGAUCCCUGGUCCAGUCACCGAGGAGUUGAGAGUCAUCUUUCCAGGCUCAGUCUUCACCCAACCGCACAAAUACAGAGGAAGACACUUUGCCAUCCACCCAGAGUGGCCCACGGCGUAGACUGUACUCUAGCUAAAGCCCUCUUGAGCUACCUAUUUUUGUCAUUGUGUCUUUGAGAAGGCUCUUUGUUAUAAAUAAUUAUUCAUGUGAGUUUUAUGGCUGUAUAUGUGUUAUAAUAUCAAUGUCGUGUCUUUAUUGUAGCAUCAUAGAAUUGUUAAUUUGUAUACAGUCAAUUGGUUCUGCUAUUAUCUUGAGGUUUAGUGACUCUAAACAUUUAAACAUGGAAAAGAAUUUCAGUAAUACAACGUGACCAUGAUACAUAAACUUCACUUGUGGCAGAAUAAAAUGAUAGCACUUGUAAACUCUUGCAGAUUGCGCUUAGCUAGGUAUGCAUAAUUACAGGGAGAAAAUUACAACAAAAACUUCAACGAUGUGCCAAAAUGAGAUUGUCAACAUAACUACUUAGCAGUACAUUACAGAGAGCACCAAAAAUUAGCGUCUGUGGUUUUGCUCCGAGUAUAAACUCCAUUUAGUGCACAACGUCACUGCCGAGAGACGUUCCAUAGUAGUCGGGCCAUUCGGGGUGCACAUUGUAGUGAGAUGCAUCGCCACGGACACCUCCAAAUAGAGCCCCCCUGUGGUAGACCU